AUGGUAGCUGUGCAGUGUGUAACUGUGUGUGUGUGUGUGUGCAGGUUGUAUGAAGCAGAGCUGGAGGAGGUGGACAGUAGGUCUUUCUGUAGCCUAAGCUGUGUGUGUGUGUGUGUGUGCAGGUUGUAUGAAGCAGAGCUGGAGGAGGUGGAGAGUAGGUCUUUCUGUAGCCUAAGCUGUGUGUGUGUGUGUGUGUGUGUGUGUGUGUGCAGGUUGUAUGAAGCAGAGCUGGAGGAGGUGGACGCUGAUAACGGCACGGCGGCGGUGACGUUCAGCGGCUACGGCAACGCAGAGGUGGUGCCACUGAGCGCGCUCAAACAGCUGCACGAGGGACGCGGACCAGAGGACGAAUCCAAAUCCAAGAGCAGGAGGGAGAUGAUUCAGGAGCAGAGGGAGUACAAGAAGAAGAAGGCUCAGAAGAAGGUGCUGCGGAUGAAGGAGAUCGAACAGGAGCGCGAGCAGCAGAAGAGCAAGUGGCAGCAGUUCAACAACAAGGCCUACAGCAAGAACAAGAAGGGCCAGGUAAAGCGCAGUAUCUUCGCGUCUCCCGAGAGUGUGAACGGAAAGGUUGGAGUAGGGACGUGUGGCAUUGCAGACAAGCCCAUGACGCAGUACCACGAUACCUCCAAAUACAACGUCCGGCACCUUAUGCCCCAGUGAUCGUGUGUGUGUGUGUGUGUGUGUGUGUGUGUGUGGUUGUGAGUGAGUGAGAGAGAGAGUGUGUGAGUGUGUGUGUGCGCGCGCAUGAGUGAGAGAGUGAGUCUGUGUGUGAGUCUGCGCGUAAGAGAGAGAGAGAGACUGUUGAUGUGUUUGAACGGUCAUCAGUGCAUAUGUAUAAAUGUAUGCGUGUGUGUGUGUACACGUGUUUACCUGUUAGUGUAAUAAUGAGCAUUUUAUUUGCGUCUUAGAUGGCCUCUUCUGUUUUGGUUUUGUAUAUUUACAUCUGGCACAAUAAAUAAAUGGUUUUGAUGAUGAGGAA